AUGAGAAAAAUUAUUAAAGUAUAUAAAAAUUGGUUAAUUAUUAAAAACAUAAUCAGAGAACAAAGUUCAAAAGAAUGGUUAUUAAGACAAAAAACUGAUAUUUAUGUAGAAAAAGCCAAAUUAAAUAAUUAUAGGUAUGUUAGAAAUUGUUUAAAUUGAAAAUUAUUUUGUUCAUAUAAUAAUAAUAUAGUAAAAUAUAAUGCUCAAUAAGAACAUACAUACAGAAUAUAUUUAUUUUUACAUUUUAAUUACAGGUGUAGAAGUGCAUUUAAACUAUUGCAAAUAGAUGAUAGAUUUACUAUAUUGAAACCUGGCCAAUGUGUAAUAGAUAUUGGCGCAGCUCCGGGUAGCUGGUCACAAGUAGCAGCAUCUAGAAUUAAUUCAGAUUCUGCUAGUAAGUUCUGAUCUAAAUAAUGGAAUUUGAUAUAGUAACACAAAUUAAUUUAAAAAAUGGUCUGCUUAUCUACCAUUAACUUUUACAAAUUUAUUGCUAUAAUGGCAAAUAAAUAAUGUAGAUAUGUUUAUUGAGCAUAUUUAUUUGUAAAAUUAUGUCUAGAUUAUUUUGAAUAAAUGUAAAUUAAUAUUAAUAAGUAAAUAAUAUUAUUUUAUGUGUAUUUGGGUUACAUGCGGCAAACAAAUUAUAACUAAAACAAAGAAUACAAUAAUAAAUGAUAGCAAUGUUUGUAAUAGAAUUAUUAAAUGUUACAGUAAUAAAAGAGUAAAAAAUAAAUUGCUUAACCUCUUAAAUGGUUUUACAUUGGUUUUUAAGUUUUCUUGGCAUCAAAAAUUAUUUGAAAAUAUGGUUUGAGUAUUACCCUUGAUGUUGAUAAUUAAAUAAAUUAUUUGCUCUGUCCCUGCAUGAGAAUAAUAACAGCGGUGAAUGGAGAAGGAGAAAAAAUACAGAGCUAGAAAUAUUAUUCCAAAAUACAACCAUAACAGAAGUGAUAAAAAAACGAAGACUCCAAUGGGCAGGCCACGCUUGGAGAAGCCAAAAUGAGCAAUUAGCUCUAAUUAAGAGCAUUAAUUAAUGCUCUAAUUAAGAGCAGUAUUAGAACAAAACCCGCGAAGAAAAAGACCGCUGGGAAGACCCAAAACAAGAUGGGAAGACGUAGUUAAAAAGGAUGUACAAUCGCUAGGAGGAGGAAUGAAUUGGAAAGAAAGAGCAAUGGAUAGAGAAGAAUGGAGGAACGGGUGUGAGAUGGGAUGGUCUUGAAAGGCCUUUAACCAGAAAGAAGAAGAAGAAAAAAUUAUAAAAACUGCAAAAAUAUAGAGAAUUUUUAUUGAUUUUAAAAC